UCGUAUAAAAUGGCGUUCAGGUGUGUUUUAGUUUUUUCAGGGAUGAGCGCAGUAAGUGAUGCUCUGCUGCUCUCUUGUGUUUGGAUCUAAACAUUCAACCUGAAUAUUAUGCGUUAGCUUUAGCUUUAGCAUUAGCUUAUAAAAGAAAUAAGCUGACGUGAAAAAAUAAUAUAAACAGCCGAUACUGUUUUAACUGGUGUGAUGCGAGAAAAUAAGAAAGCCUUUUGAUUUUCUUUUUUUCUGUUUAACUUUUGUUAAAGUGAUCAAAUGGCAUGCGUUUAUAUUGUAGCUCAAAACACUGAAAAUGAAAUGAAGAUAGCUAAAGUUAACGUGCUGGAGAAAUGUUUGUAUUUGUUUUUAUUAUUAUUGUUAUUAGAGAAUUAUCUUUUUGGAGCUUCUAGUUGUUGUUGUUUUUUUUUUUUUUUUUUUUUUUUUUUUCUUUUCUUACAGCAGUAAUGUAAUGACGCCAUCGUGGACACGUCGAACUGGAGUUAAGUUUAUUUGUACCUAAACAUUCUAUUACUGUUAUGACGACAUACACUGGAACUUAGUCUUUUGCUGCUCUAGUCUUUAAUUCUUGUUUGCGACUAGGAAAAACAAGGUAUCUGUCUUACCAUGAAGGUAAAUCUCUGUAGAAAUACAUAAAGUAAUCAUUAAUAAUUAAUUUUACUUAUGUUGCAGUUUAUAUCAGAAAAACAUAUUUCUGAAACAUCUCUAAUAACGAUCUUCUCUAUUAUUUGUUGUUCAUGACUCUUUCCAUCUACAUGCUACUGUUUGAGUCACUGCAGUGGCAAAUGUGACAAGAAUGGUCACUGAACAGCAGUAUAUGAACAUGACUGGUCUUCUCUGCAUGACUCUGCCACUGUUGGAGCCACCACAAUAGUACAUGUGGGUCAUGUGACAACAUUAAAUUAACACGGUAAGUUCAGUUACCCAAAUUUUAAUGGAGUAAAAUCAGAAUGUUUCAUUUAAAUUAAUCAGAAAAUGUAUCUCUUAUACUGGUCUUCUAUGUUUCUGACUCUCUUCAUCUACAUGGCGCUGUUUGAGCGCACCGCAAUGGAAAAUGUGGCAAGAGUGGUCAUGUGACAGCAUUAAAUAAACAUGACUGGAGGAUCUGGACAAUGAAGAAGAGACGAGGUCUGGAUUGCAGCUACUCUUCACCCAAACAGUCUAACAGAAAGAAGGGGUGAUUUCCUUUUGGAAGUCAGUUGUCCCUUUUGACCCCAGCAUGUAUUGCUAUAACCUGUUUCAUCAAACCAUAUAUAUCAGAGAAGAUUCAUGAUGGACUUUGCUGUAAAGAUACAUUAAUAUUUGAAAAGAAGGACUUUAUUAACCCCCCGGAGCCAUGUGGAGUAUGUUUAUGAUGGAUGGAUGUGGAUGGAAGCACUUUCUUGAGCUUAAUACUCGUUGGUAUCGCUCACUGCCAUUAUAAAGCUUGGAUGCGUCCGGAUAUUUAUUAAUAUAACUCCGAUUGUGUUCAUCAGAAAGAAGAAAGUCAUAUACACCUAGAAUGGCUUGAGGACAGAUUUGUGUUGGACAGUCCCUAUGACAACCACUGACCACUGCAAUCGACGUCUAUAUGCAACAACAGCACAAAUUUCAUUUGUUUCUUGCCUGUGGAACCAACUGGAAUCCUUGUGUAAGUGGAAAAAAUGCCAAACAAAGCACAAGAGGAUGCUGUGAUCAAUAUGAAAUCCGUGCAGGAGAUUGCUAAGCAGUUAGGGUUUGAAUGGACCGUUCUGGCAUUUGAACUUGGAUUCACCAGAAAUGAAGUCAGACAGUUUCAUGCAACAUCCAAAGAAAAGAGGGUUCAGGCUCAGAGAAUGCUGGAAUCAUGGUAUGAGCGUUCCUGGGACAAACCAAACAAAACCAAGCUGCUGCAGGACGGUCUUGAGCGGGCGGGCCGUCGUGACCUGGCUGAGAGGCUGCGCUGCCUGCACUGGGGUCACCAAAAGCUCAGCCGCAGAGUCGAGCUGCCUUCUGCCUUCCCCUUCAUCAUUACCGUCCACAAGACUAUAGACAACAAAGACGCCUUGAGCAGGAUAAAUGUGCUUAAUCGCAGUUAUAACUAAAAUGGCAAAGAAAUUAAUGUGAGCUAAAAGUCUGAAACUACUAGUGAAAAUGCCCUUCACUUAGGGAAAAUUGAUCUACAUUUGUAUUCUAAUUUAAUGAAAUAUUUUUCAUCAUAAAUGCUAUUAUCAGACAAUUAUUUGAAAAAAGAAUGUCAUUUGGCUUGUCUCUCUUUUGCUUCAAUCUCAGCCACACUCUAGUUAGCUGCCUGAACUUUACACAAGUUUGUGUAAAAUCUUAAGCUCAAUUUAUCCAGCAUGAUUUGAGAAUGAUCCAACUUUUCAAUGUGGCCUCAGACUUUUGGACCCCACUUUACAUAUUCACUAGUACUCAAUAUAGUUUUAAUGAUUCAGUGCUUUUUUUUAAAUACACACCUCAUGAAACACUUCUUCUGUUACCAAUUUCAUGAAUUAAACUGAUUCAGUUCACUCUUCUGUCAUUCAGUCGAACCCUCAUACAAUAAAUUUACAUUUACAGUAAAAGCACAUUGCAUUUACUCACGUGUUGUUCUGAUAAUAAAAAGGUCAUAACUGUCUCUUUCUCAGUCAGAGUUGUAAGCGCUAGCCCUUAAUGCGUUCAGGCAAAACUGCAGUGCUGCUUUAUUGACCCUAUCUGCUUGAAAAGCAGUUAAAUAUACUUAAAUUAAAUGAUUCACAACUGUCCAGUAUGCUUCAACCUAAUAUCAUUUUCAAAAUUAUAAUAAAUCCUGCCUGAGCACAGAAGACAAUUUUAUUGUACUUUAUAAGUAUUUUUUAUUUGAAUCAUUUAACAAAUAUAAUAAAAUUUUAAUCUAUACACUACAUAAAGAUUUGAACAAACCAUCACAGCAAGGACAGUUGUGUGUGUGUAUAUAUAUAUAAUAUAUAUAUAUAUACAGUAUACAUAGACACAUACAUACAUUAUAUACAUAUACACCAUGGGUGUCCUGGAGGGCCACUGUCCUGCAGAAUUUAGCUCCAACUUGCCUCAACACACCUGCCUGCAAAUUUCUAGUAUGCAGUGUACGUUUACAUGACAAACAUGUACUAAAAACAGAAAAGUUUUUCCUUGUCAUGUACAGGCAACAACGUUGUCAAAACAAUCCCCGUUUACACAGAUUAAAAAUGCUGUAUUAUGCUGCCAGGCCAAUAGUUGGCAAUGUCACUUUGUAAAAAAAAAAAAAAAAAACUACGUGUCUAUAGACUGAACAUGUAAUACGUAUGCACAUGAGGUCACUGUUUUCACAAAUUCAUGUUUUUUAGGUUACAUGUAGACGAUAACACUAUAAUUUUUAAAAACUUGCGUUUCAGGUCCCCAAAACGCUGUUGUCAUGCAAAUGAAUGGCCAAAAUGCAUAAAAAUGUUAGUUUAAAGCAACGUCUUGUAAACAGCCCCUAAGACCUAGAUUAGCUGGUUCAGGUGUGUUUAACUGGGGUUGGAGUUAACUUUGCAGGACAGUGGCCCUCCAGGAGCAGGAUUGUACACCCCUGAUAUUGAUGGAGUAUUUUAUCCAUCCUAUAGAAAAUAAUUGUAGAAUUAGUUUGCUUACUAUAAAAGCUAGAAGUGUUUUGAGGCCUCAUGGCCUAUGUGACUAUAAGGGUCAGAUGUGUCUGAGAAGUUAACUUGGCCACUAAGCAUAUUUUGUUGGUAAUUUUCCACCAGACAACAGGUGGCUGUGAAAUGAAUAAGAUCAUUAUUAAGAGUGUCAUGUGGAGGCUUCUUGCCUCCGGGGAGUGUUGAUUGUUUUUGAUACAAGGUUUCAUUUAGCCUAUGAGAAAGGGUUGACCAUCAAUUGGCAGAAUUCCACCACGAGAGAUAAAGUCAAAAGAUGUAGACUAGUUGGCAGUCGGCCACCCUUACAAAGAGAAUUAUCUCUUGCAUAAGCAACACCUGCAGUUUAAUUGGUGAAGUGACUGUUGUAAAAAUGUUGGGGAGUACUUGGGAGACUCCAGGAAGAGAAAGGGAGGAGAGCACCUGCAAGUGAGAAUAUGGGAAAACUGUAAGGGUGGAUAUUACCAGCCAAUUAUACUACUUUGGUGUGUUUUAAGAGAUAAGAAAAAUGUAUAAAAACUGUGCCCCGGCUAGAGAGAUUCAGAUGUGCAGCUGGCAUCUCACUUUUGUGACACUGUCACAUAAGACACGUGUUUUAACCGCUCAAUAUAUAUAACAUGAUGGUUUUAUGUAUAUUUGAGUUUUAUUUGGGUUACAUGUUGUCUUAGCCAUUUAUUCCUCUUACUUAUUUUAAUGUGUGUAUGUCUUUAAAUGUGUAUGGGUCUGCCUGUCAUGUGACUGAUCACAUGACAGGAACCAGGAAGUAAGCCAGCAUAAAGGAGGCAGCAUGGCAAACAAUCAAUCUCUCAUUACAAACAUACUAGCUGGACUGUGGAGUUACAUUUUAUGGACUUACCUUUCCAGCAAAUCACAUCACUCUUCGUUGGAUUAUCACUUCUGUGGACUUUGUAUAUACACCAGUGGACACUUUCACAUUGGGACUUACAUCACGCUAGGAUUCUUAUGGACUGUUUUAGGGUAUGGUGCAAACGGACUCCACACUUUUAACAGCCUAAGUUAUUUUAGUUUUAUUGUGUUGUUUUAAGUUCCUUGUGAAUAUUGUAAAUACACCUUAUUUAUUAA